UCGGUGUAAUUUCGUUAAGAAAUGAAUACAAUUGCAAAAAAAUACCGUAUGGACAACAAUAAAGCUUCAAAAAAAAUGUGUAAAAUUGAGUAAAAAAAAAAAACAGAACAAAAAUUUUCGUGUAUACGGAAAUUUUUUUCCAAAGACGUCAGUCACUUUAGAAUAUUUGUUGUUUUUUUUGAGUAUUUUUUUCUCAAAUUUUCUACUAUAGCUUUGUAAAGGAUAUUCGUGCCAACAACAAACAGUUUGUAUCGUUGUACUGGUGCAUUUCGACGGAGUCAAUUGGAAAUUUUAUUUCUUUUACUAUUAAAAGAAAAAAAAAUUAUUUAAAAUAAAAAUAAAAUUAAUAAAGUAAAAACAAAACAAAUAUUAAAAAAUUUUUGAGUAUUUUAAAUAAUAAAAAACGAACAGGGAAAAAAUGAAAAACUUUAUUGUAAAAAUCAAAAUGGACAUAAUGUCCGCCAUUAAAUCUUAAAACAAAAACAAAAAAAAAAGGGAAAAAGAGUUUUUUUUUUUGCAAGAUUUGCAAAAGUUGGGUAAAUUUUCGAUUUUUAUUUAAUUUUUGUUGAAGUUAAAAAAUAUUAUUAAAAAAACGCAAUAAAAGAAAAAAUAAACGAUUUAGUAAAAGAAAUUUGGAUUUUCAAUAAACUAAGACAAAAAAAUAAUUACAAGAGUUUUCAUAAUUAAAUAAUUAAAAAUUUACAAAGAUUUAGAAAAAUUUUUAAAGGUUAAAAAAUUUUUCUUGGUGUGAGUGUUUUUUAAUUUUUUUAAUUUUCUUUUUCUUCUGUUUCUAUUUUUUUCUUGUUAGUUUUUUUUUUUGCGUACGUUAAGUUUUCCCAUAAAAUAACUGUGUAAAAACGAUAUAACAACAAAACAAAACCCCCUACUUUAAAUUUAUGUUGUUAAAAUCAAAAUAAUAAUCAAAUAAUUUAAAUUUGCUUUCAUAAUUAAUAAAUAAAUUUAAAUGAAAAACCAAUUUCGUAUUUGUAAAAGCAUAAGAAAAAUCAUUACCUAGGAUAAUCGUUUAAACAGGGGGAACACAAAACGGUUGAACAAGAAAAAAAACGUUUAAAAAAAUCAAAUAAAUCCCAUUCAAAGUGGAUAAUAAACAGUUAGUCUGGAAAACAGAAAAGAAUAAUAAGAAUCAAUUAUACUUAUACCAGCUGAAUUCAGGCAACAACAAUAGAAUGGAUAGCUCCAAUACCAAAAUGGAGGACCAUUUCAAAAACGAAAAUUUACAUGUUUUCAAUCAUGGAUUCUUUUCUGAAUUUCGAUUUACAUUAAUUGCUGGUAUACUCUGUGGUGUAUUAUGCGCCAUUAUUGUUGCAUGGCUUCUAUACCGUUUACGUCAGCAACGUAAAAAACUUAAAGGUUUAAAUCAUGAAUCACCAUUAACGUUUCAACCACCAAGACGUCCGACUGCUGUUCGUUCACCAAGUGGUGCACCACCACAUUAUUUAAAAAAGUCACCAUCGCCAACGGCACCAAAACCUCCACCAGGAAGUACAUUGCCCGGUUCAAAUGGUGGUGGUGGUAAUGGUGUAAUCGGAAAUAAUGGUAGUUCAAUUGGAGGUUGUGGUGGAAUAAAUUCAACAAAUGGUAAUAAUGUUAACAGUGGUUUAACAUUACAGCCCAAUCAAGAUCUAUCACCAAUGGGACAUCAUCAUACAAUAAAAUAUUCUGAAGAAAAUGAAAUGAAACCUCGUACUGUAUGCAAUGAAUUAAAAACUCCAGAAUUAGAUAGCCCUGAUGGUGCCACUGGUGAUGAUGAUGAAUAUGGAAAAUUGGGCACAAUCGUAUUUAAAUUACGAUAUUUAACUGAAAAGAAUGCAUUAGUUGUAUCAAUAGUACGUUGUCGCGGUUUACCAGGAAAACCAGGACCAUCUGGUACAGGUGAUAUACCAACUGGAAUGAAUGGUAAAACUCAAACAGCUACAGAUCCAUAUGUUAAACUGCAAUUGUUGCCAGAAAAACAGCAUAAAGUUAAAACCAGAGUUGUCCGAAAUACUCGAAAUCCUGUAUAUGAUGAAGAUUUUACAUUUUACGGACUUGAUUUACAAGAUUUAUCAACAAUGUCAUUACAUUUUGUUGUAUUGUCAUUUGAUCGAUAUUCUCGUGAUGAUGUUAUCGGUGAAGUUGUUUGUCCAUUAAAUACAAUUGAAUUGAAACAAAUUGAAAAUCAGCAAAUAGCUUUAAGCAAAGAAAUACAACCAAGAAGUCUAAAAAUACGUGCACAAGGACGUGGCGAUUUAUUAUUAUCAUUAUGUUGGCAGCCAGCUGCAGCUCGCUUAACUGUUGUAUUACUUAAGGCACGUAAUUUGCCCCGUAUGGAUGUAACGGGUUUAGCUGAUCCAUAUGUUAAAAUAUAUUUGCUAUAUAACGGUCAAAGGAUUGCUAAAAAGAAAACACAUGUUAAAAAACGAACAUUAAGUCCAGUAUUUAAUGAAAGCUUUGCAUUUGAUAUUCCAACAACAGAGGGAUCGGGAGCUUCAUUGGAUAACGUUUCAUUGGAACUAAUGUUAUUGGAUUGGGAUCGAGUUACUAAAAAUGAGGUAAUUGGAAGAUUAGAACUUGGUGGACCAAGAUGCACAGGAUCAGCUCUAAAUCAUUGGAAUGAAUUAUGUAAUCUACCAAGGCGGCAAAUUGCUGAAUGGCAUAAGUUACAUGAAUAAAAGAAAUAAUAUAAAAUCUUUAUAUAAAUAUAGAAUAAAAAUAUUAAAAAAAAAUAAUAAUCUUAAAUCAAAUAUUAAGAAAAGUAAGAAAACAAAAAAAAAAAAACAGAAAAAUAAUAAUAAUUAAAAACAAAAUAAAAAAAUAAUAAUACUUAAAAAAUGUAUUGAAAAAGCUUUUUAUUAGAUGAUACUAGCUGGUAACUGUUACGAGUUUAUAAAUAAUAAAAAUCAAAAAAAAACAAAAGUAUUUAAUAAGUUUAAAUAAAAUUCAUUAUAUAAUUAUACUUUCAUACAUAUAUAAGUUGUUAGUUAUAUAUUUCUAUAAUAUAUAAUUAAAUUUUCCUUAAAAAUAAUUAAUAAGAAUAAUAAAUAAUAAAUUAAUUAUUAUUUCUUAAAAAUUCUAUAUAAUAUUAUUAUAUUAUAAGAUUUUUUUUUAAGGAUAAUAAGCGAAAUUUGUGAAAGAAAACAUUAGAAUUUUUAUGCUCGAGUCGAAUAUUAUGACGUAACGAUGUCCGAAAUACUUACAAUAUGUUUUUUUGUAUAAGUUCAAAAUUAAUAUUCAUUUGAUAAUUCAUUUUAUUUAAAUUUAAAUAUUUUGUUAAAUUAAGAGUGGCAAAUAUUUUAAUUUUUCAAUGACUCUUUCCAAUAUUUCCAAUAAUUUGCAUAUAUUAUUUUUCAAUAUAACUAAUUAAUUUAUAUUUUAUUUUAAUAUUAUCAUAAGCAUUUUAUACACCUAUUUAAUGAGGAAAGUCUAAAACUAUCUAGCACUGUUUGUUUCUUAAUAUUGAAUAUAAUUUUUGUUAAAUAUUGAAAGAUUUUUUUUAUAAUAUGCUAUAUAUUCUACUUCAAAUGAAUCUCAGUUAAUAUAUAGAUUAUUAAAUAAUCUUAAAAAUUAUAAUUAAUGGCCCUGUUUGUUUAUUAAAAAAUUUACCGAAAUUUUCGCAUAAAAAGCACUUUCUGUUUUGAGAGGAUUUGAAUGUUAUUAGAAAAACACAAAAACACGACAAUGUCAAUGUUAAAUAGAGGCGACUUUCAAAACUUUUACAAAUAAAAUUUUUGUUUUUCUUUGUUGUACCGUGUUAUUUUGCUGUCAUGAAUAGCAAACGACAGAUGAAAGGUAUUUAUAAAAAAAAUUUUCAUUUUGUGUUUUCCAACAGAAUUUUGAAAACAAAGUAAGCAAACAGGUCUAUUUUUCACAUAUUUUGCAAAAAUUAAACACGAAAAACACGAAAUGGAAUUUGAGAGAGUGGGAACAAAAAAAAAUGUUAAGCAAAAAAUUUAAUAAUUAAAAAAUUAAUAAUAAUAAAUAAUAAUAAUUGGAAAGGAAACUUUAAAUAAUUUUUAGUAAAUUUUUAUAAUAAAAAAAUUUUUAAACGAAAAUUUGAUAGUCGUCCAUUUUGAAUAAAUUAUGUUUUUAUUUAUUUUUCUUUGAAUUUCUUUUGAAAUAUGAACAAUAUACAUACAUAACUUUAAGAGAUAGUUCUAACAUACUGAAAACAAACUUAAAUAGUUCGGAAAUUACUCGCUAUAAUUCAGAAAUUCAUUCUUUAAUAAAGAAAUUUCAGAAAUGUAACGCAGACAAUUAGUUUAAAUUUUUAUAAAUAAAUAGAUCUAUAAGUCUCCAAAAUAUUAUUUUUACAAUUUAUUGAAAAAUUUAAUUUUUUGUUGUGAGUCGAAUUCAAUUCUUAUAAUUUAUAAUUUUUUGAAAAAUUGAAUUUUUUUUAUUUGCCAAAAAAAUAUACUUACAUUAAAAUUUUAGUUAGGAAAAAUGAGAUAUAGAUUUUAUUUUGUUAAAAUUUACUAAAAAAGAUGAUAAAAAAAUGAUGAUAUAAUAUAAAAAAAAAAUGAGAAAGAGAGAAAAUAUUUUUGUAUAUGAUAAAUUAAUAUUAUAUAGAAUGUAAAUUAUACAUACUUAUGUUUCUUUUUUAUAUAAAAGAUAAAAAAAAAAUUAAUAAUAAAAAAUUGUAUUGAUAUUAUUUUAAAAGUUUAAACCCUUAUUCUUUAAUUAUUUGUUUUACCUGUUUUUUUUAUACAUAUUUCAUUUAUAUAAUUAAUUAUAAUCGUAAUUAUGAAUUUUAUAUAUAAAAGGAAUGUUUCCCUUAACUUAACUUAAUAAUGAUAUUAACAAAAAAAAAGAACGAAAAAUUAUAAUUAUAAUAAAAUAAUCCACAACAGAACUGUUAUAUAAAGUAGCAUGAUUCAGAAAAUGCUAUACAAUCAGAAAUAUUUUGUUUGAUUUCAUGAAGUUUAAGAAAUUUCCUAUAUACAAAUUCAAAACAUAAAUUAAACACUUAACAAAUAUUAAACAAAAAACACAAAGUAAUAAAUACGUAAUAACAAUGCCAUAUUACAUUAGUAUUUAAAAUUUUUUGUCUAAAUUGUUCUCCAAUAUAUAUUCAAAUUCGCAGACAUAUUUAUAAUAUUUUCUCAUUCAGUUUCGAACGAACUAAAACACAAUAAUAUUGUUGAAAUAAUGUAAAAAUAACUAACUUGGACCAUAAAUUUGGCACA